CGACUCAGCACAUCUGCUCAGCUAAGCCACACCUACACGGAUUGCUUAGUGCCUCGUCAAAGAUGUCUCUGACCCCCGUUCGACCGCUCAAAAGAGCUGCCGAAACACCGACGGCCGAGCAACAACGAAGACCAGCAUUCCAGACGACUCCUUCUCGAACACCCGGUACCCCCGGUCGUGGCCCUAGGAGCCGGUACCGAGACCAAACGCCCACACUGAACACGCCUAGAGCUCUUCUUGCACGAAGUCAGCUUGGAGGAGCAAGGCAUAGAGAUGUCGGCACCAGCGCUUUGCGUAGAGAGUACUCGGUAGAUCGAUCUGUUCAGCACGAUUAUUACGAUUAUCAGGAGGAAGAGGAAUUACGGGAUUUCCAGCAAGAUACCGUGCUCGAUGCGUUCAAAGGGCUGCCUGCUGGAACGAUCUUAGCCAGGGAUACGUUCCAUCAGGCGUUUGUGCAAGGGAGCGUCCCGGAUGAAGUUCGGCACGCCCUGUUUGAUGCAGACUUUGCCAAUGACAGGUAUAGAGCUGUGAUAGACUCUCUUACCGGGUUUGCGGCUGUUUCGACAACUCAAGAGGUCUUUGCCUGGAAUUACGCCAAGAAAUCCUUCGCUUCACCAACAUGUUACACCUUCCAUCCCGAAACACCCACACCCUUCGUCGUCUUCGUCCCUUCCCAAGUACCUCAAACGCGCGAACCAGGCAUCGUCCUGGUCGAUUCUGUCGCACCAGAGAGCAACGGAGGAAGCGGGGAGAUAUUGUUGUAUGACAAUGUCACGCUGGCUUUGACUGGAGCUCAACCGAUCAGGGGCAGGUUAGGUUUGAAGGAGGGUGAAGCGGUCUCGAACCUGGACCGAGUAGAUGCGACGACGUUAUUGAUCUCUACGAAACACGCCCGCGUGCUUCGCCAAAACAUCGCCAGCAGCGACGGUCGACCGUUCUUGAGUCUCCCGACUCCGUUCAUCAAGCCGAACAACACUUGGCUCUCAAGGUCCACCGACGUGCUAUUCGCCGGGUCCGGAUCCGACCAGAACGAAGGCAUUCUCGGCCUGUCCAUCGGCAAGGAGGAUAUCGACACGACAGCCUUGUCUUCGUCCUCGAUGGGGUCGAGCUUGGGCGUGAGCAUCUUUAUGGGAACCCCUCGUGCACGAUCUCGAGGUGUCGAACCCAACGUCGCUCUGAGCGGAAUUGGUAUGAAGCGGGAGAUUUGGGUACUGGGAACGAGCAAUGCUUCCGGAUGGAGUGUCACCGGCACAGAUGCGAAAUUUUUGAAAGAGCUAGCCAUCUUACCCGACGUCGUGUCUCAUGCGGAGAUGGCAGGGACUUCUGAAAUCAGAUUACGAGAUGUCGCUACGCUGGAUCACGGGAAUGUCGCCGUGCUUCUGUCGUUCUCAGCUUCAGGAAGGACGGGUAAGACUGUAGGUCCUACGUCUUACGCCAUCGCUGUCGUCAAUCCGUCAAAGGAAUCGGGUGAACUGGUAGAGCAUCUGGUCAAGCUUAGCUAUACCGCUGUCGAAGAUCCUCGUCCUGUCGCCAAAACGCGAUUGGCUGUACCUCAGAAGGCAAAUGUGGCGUUUGUUCAGCUGUCCGGCGCGAUCGUAACGGUAUCAUUAGAAAAAGAGUCGUUAUACCAGCAAUCGACCACUUUUAAAGAUCCGGUUCAGAACCCUAUCAUCGGGAUUGGCUUCGAUCGCCAAUCAUUACUGAGCCGCGCUGGGAAGAGCAACGAGGGCAACGUUCGGCUUACUGCGUUUGCGCCGAGAAGCGGAUUCAUGGGGGUCGAGGUGGAUCCUAUCCGUCUGUUUGACUUCCAACCGAGAUCGACGGCGUUAGCUCGUCGAGCUCAGUUGGAGAACAAGAUCGAACAAGCCGUAUUCUUCGAAGGUCCUGCCAAUCCCUUGACCUUCAGUCUUGCUGUUGAGAAGGCCGCGUCGCUCGAACAAGCGCUUCUUGCGGUGUCCGAUCUGCUCGUCACUUCCAAAUCAAGCUAUCUCAGCGCAAAGCCCAACGAGAACAAGCUAGAGGAAAGACAAAAGCGACUUGAGAAUCUGAUCCAGUUUGUCCGCCAGAUGGGGCUGCUGGAUGACCUCAGCCAGGUCGUCCGUAAGCAACUUGCAGCGGACGUGACAGCUCUCGCUGUGGGGAUAGAUUUGGCGGAAUUGCUAUCCCAGGAGGUCAUGCGAGGAGAUUGGGGGUUGGGGAACCCUGAGGACCUGCUGCGAAUGGCGAUACAGGAGACUGUCGAUGCACACGGAGAUGCUACAGACGCCGGGGGCUCUAUCAACAACGAAGCUGUGAACGCCUUCUUCGACAGACAAAUUCGCGACAUCCCAGCGAUGUUGCAAUCCCUACCCGACGUUGUGAACAGACAUCUUCCUGCGCACUCGAAUGGCAGUCACGACGACGACAACGAUCGAUCCGUGAGAUGGACAAUACAAGCGAUGCGCAUCCUGAGCGCCGCGAUGCAACAUGCCGUUCUGGGGACACGUGAAAGGAAUAUUGAGGUGUAUGAGCUGGAUGAGCAGCUUGUCGAUGUGAAGUCUAGCUACCUCAUGGACAACAAGACGGUCGCUACGUUGCAGCACUUCUACUUCAAGGCAGUUGAUAGCAUCAGCAAGCUCUCCGAAGCUUCGAGGGUCUCGCUCAACGGCGACCCCGACGGAUAUACCCCGGCGACCGCCCUCGACGAAUUGCAGGAUGGACUUCGGGCUCUUGUCAUACCCCUUCUGUUCGCUUUGGAGGAGCAAGCCAAGAUUGAGGCCAUCUUGAUUGAGGGGAAGUCGGAUCAACGAGAUGCCGUUCAAUCGAAAGAUUCUCUCAUCAAGGACAGCCACCAAACGAUCUUUCCGCUCAUCACAUUCGAUUCCGGUAUGGCCUACCAGGUCGCGGAAUUGUUCGAGAGACAUUAUACUCUUGUUCAACUGGCAGUCCAUCCGGACGUGGGGUCGCAGGAGAGGAUCGACGCGUACAUGAGCGGAGAGUUUGGUCGCAGCGAAUUGAGCGCGGAGCUCGGGUACCGAUUCGCACAGGAGCUUUUCAAGCACUACCUGGCGGAAAAACAAUACUAUGCAAUACUGAGCUACUCUAGCGAAUAUCGCAAAGCAGUAUCCGAUUUCCUACGACGAACAGAGCGGCAUGAUUUGGCUUGGCUGCAAUUCUUGGAAAAAGGGAACUUGCAAGAUGCUGGAGAGACGGCUUAUAAAGCGGCUUCUGCGGUGCAAGCGGCCCAAAGCCAAAAAAUCUUGCUUAGCAUCUUCAAGCUUACGCACGCAGCGCGAAAGGCGAAGGGAGAGCGAGUGGAUGAUUCGAAGGUCGACUAUUGUGACAAUCAGUUAUCUUUGAUGAAGACAACUGAGAUGUUGAGGUCAAGAAUUCGCCAAUCUGGAGCUUCCAGCGACGUUCAUCGGACGGCUCAAUCCUAUAUGGCCGGACGUGUGACUCGACUUCAGGAAGGUGGCUUCGCGGCCUUGGAAAAGCUUUGCUACGAAAACGUAGUUGCAUUGUUGGAGGGUCGAUCAAUAGAUCGCGAAUCUUUGAUCGAUUUGCUGACGGUCAAGGAUGUGAAAUCGGCCGAAGAUAGGGGGGAUUUUGUUUCGGCUAUGAAGGUGUUGCGAGACUGGCAGCAACAAGAGCCUGCUGCGUUGAGACGUCAGACCGCAUGUCUGCGAACCAUCUGGAGGCGUUUGUACUUGGUUGACGACUGGAGCGUACUAAGCGAUCCGACAGAGACCGAAGCGGCCAAACAAGACUGGCUAGGGCGCACUUGCCUCUUGCAAGUACUCUCGUGGAUGCGAGGAGAACUCUCGAGCGAGUUCAUCGUCUCUCAUACAGCGGCAAACAUCCUUCCCUCUGAGGAAGAUUCAAGGCGACGGUAUGCGAUCAUUGAACCAGCGAAUCAGAAUGGCCUCAGCAGGGACUUGGAAGAGGAGGCAGCAGUACUCAGCCAACGAGAAGGGCUUUCUGAAGGGGUCAUCGAGACUCUCACCGCAAAGGCGGCGGACGCUUAGGUUGCGUAGGUAGAAGCAGGAUCCAUAACGACCUUUAUGUGACGGCACGAUUAUAACCGAGUCACGAAACAGUAACGAAACAUUUGCCACUAGACACCCCUGAGCACGGGGGCUCGAGAUCCUCACUGCGCGUUGAAGGCGAUAUAUUUUGAUAGAAAGACAUAAGAAAGCUCAGUCGCCGGUCAUCAAUA